AUGGCUUUCUGGGGAAUUCAAGUAAAACCAGGCAAACCAUAUAUCCACCGGUACGACAAUGAGAGGGGAAGACUUCAUAUAUCUCAGGCAACACUGGGUAGUGGUUCUUCAACUAAGAAGAGCAAAGUGCAGUGUAAUGUGGGAGAUAAAAGUCCCAUUUACUUAUGUACGCUGUUACCAGAAAGACUUGAGACUUGCUCAUUGAAUCUCGAGUUUGAGGAGGAUGAGGUUACCUUCUCAGUUAUUGGCCCGCACAGCGUGCAUCUAUCUGGGUUCUUCUAUGGUGAAAAUGAUCAGGAUAAACUUGGAGAUGAUUCUGGGUCUGAUUCUUAUGAAGAGAAUACCGUGGGCACUGAUUCAGAAGAUGAGGAUGAUUUUAUGAAUUAUGAUUCUGAAGAUGAAGAUGAUGAGGAGGGUGAAUUUAUUGAUGAUGACGAUCUUGGCAUUUACCCACCUUCUCCUGUCCCCAACAGUGGAGUGAGAAUUGAAGAAAUAGUGGAUGUUGAGAAGCCUGUCAAUGAGAAUGGUGUGUCUAAACGGGCAAAAAAGAAGAAAAGUCAGUCAAAUGUGUCUGAUGACAAUAUGAAUUAUGAUCGGCAGCUUGUGGUCAAGGGUGGACACGAUGUUCCUGUCUUGGAAAGUGAAGAUGAAGAUGGGUUUCCAGUAUCUGCAAGCAGAGAAAUCAAAGAUGAUAACGCAGAUGAGGAAACCCAUAAAAAGAAACUAAAAACUGAAGCGAGCAAAAAAUUGAAAGGAAAGAUUGAUGCAAUUGGCCGAGAUGGAGAAUAUGCAAGGGAAAAUGACACACUACAUGGCUCUUCAGAUCCAACUGGUAACGUGUCUCAAAAUGAUGCUAAAAAAAAGAAAAAGAAUAAGAAGGAAAAGGAAAAGGUAACAAAGGAGGUUCAGCAAACUGUCUUGGCUGAUUCCAACGAUGCAGAGCAGCUGCCGACGGCUGAGAUGGAAAAUGAGUCGAAGGCAACAAGUGAGAAGAAGAAAGAGAAAAAGAGGAAAAAUAAACACAAUAAAACAGAGGAGAUUGCAUCCAACACGAAUGAAGAUCAAAGCAUAACAGGUAAAAAUGGAUCCACUCUGGAGAAGGAAGAGAAGCAAGAAGCAAAACCAUUGCAAGUGAGGACGUACCCAAAUGGAUUGGUCAUAGAGGAGUUGACCAUGGGUAAACCAGACGGGAAAAGAGCUUCUCCAGGGAAAAAGGUUAGUGUCCAUUACAUUGGGAAGCUGAAGAAGAAUGGAAAAAUAUUUGACUCAAAUAUUGGCAGAGCUCCCUUCAAAUUUCGUUUAGGUAUAGGACAAGUUAUCAAGGGCUGGGAUGUUGGGGUUAAUGGCAUGCGUAUUGGGGACAAAAGGAAACUCACAAUUCCACCUGCCAUGGGCUCAUCAUCAUCAUCAUCAUCUUCUUCUUCAUCUUUUUCAUCUUCUUCUUCAUCUCGGCUUCCUUCAUCAUUGUCGACCACUGAUAUGCCCACAGACGAAGAUUCAUCAAUCAAUGAGCGUGCCAUCUUUAAGGAACAUGAAGCGUUUGUUCUUGCCAUGGAACCUCCCUUAUUGCUAACAACGUUUUCGUGA